AUGAAUUCAUUUUCACACGUACCUCCUGGUUUUAGAUUUCAUCCUACAGAUGAAGAAUUAGUUGAUUACUACCUUCGAAAAAAGGUUGCUUCAAAAAGAAUUGACCUAGAUAUCAUAAAAGACAUUGAUCUUUACAGAAUCGAGCCAUGGGAUCUUCAAGAACUCUGCAGGAUAGGAACUGAAGAACGAAAUGAAUGGUAUUUCUUUAGUCAUAAAGAUAAGAAAUAUCCUACUGGAACUCGUACAAAUAGAGCUACAAAAGCAGGAUUCUGGAAAGCUACAGGAAGAGACAAGGCAAUUUAUUCUAAGCAUAGUUUGAUUGGCAUGAGAAAGACCUUGGUAUUCUAUAAAGGCCGAGCCCCAAAUGGACAAAAAUCAGACUGGAUAAUGCAUGAGUAUCGACUCGAAACAAUUGAAAAUGGCACUUCCCAGGAAGAAGGAUGGGUGGUAUGCAGGGUGUUCAUGAAGAAAAUGGUAACUGCAAGGAAGGAGGGAGAGCAUGAAUCCCUAUGUUGGUAUGAUGAUCAAGUUUCUUUCAUGCCGGAUUUUAAUUCCCCGAGGCCGAUAUCUCAACCUUAUACUAAUUCAUAUCAACCUCACUACACCUGCAAACAAGAACUCCAGUUGCAGUACAACAUGCCUCAUGAUGCAUUCCUGCAGCUUCCUGAAUUAGAAAGUCCGAAAGUUCCACAAUCCGCAGCCAGUAGCUCAAUAAUCCCUUAUGGAAUUUUGCAGUCCUCAACACUUGGACAGGAAGAAAAUAUGCAUCAAAAUAAUCAAUUGCACAUUAAUGAGAAUUACAGCAAUGAUCAAGUCACUGACUGGCGAGUUCUCGACAAAUUUGUUGCAUCUCAGCUCAGCCAAGAUGAUGCUAGAAAUGAUAAUGCCUAUUCAAAUGAGCAGUCUGAUCAAGUUUCGGAACAAAUGAGCAUAAUGCAUAAUGAUUUGAAGGCACAAAAUAUGGCUGCAGAACUCGCCUCAGUUUCCAACUCCAGCUCCCAAGUUGAUCUUUGGAAGUAA